ACCAUUGACUUAGUGGAUGACGAGGAGGUGCUUCCGGGAGAAGGCCAAGGGAAAGGGUGGGACUUCUCGGAGGAAGCCGCCGAGGGUACUGGAGAGCCUCAAGCCCUUCCAGUGGUAGCAGAGGAGGACGAGGAGGAGCCUGAAGUGGCUCUGAUUCGCAAGCGUAAGGGCAAGAUGAUUGCCCAGGACGAGCCGAAGAGGCCUCGGAGGGCCGACACUCCUGCUCAUGGCCUAGACGGCGGGGUUUCCCCGAUGGAGGAAAAUCCUGCUCCUCCUCACAUUGAUCUUACCCCGAUUCCGGGGGAUGAGGUGAGGCAGGAGCUUCGCAUAGCCAAACACAACUACGCUAUGGACGAGUACUCCUGGGGUUAUGCCGAGGUGGAGGCCCUUAGGAGGAUUCUGCGAGCUGAGGUUGAGGCGAGCAUCAACCAUCCGGACUAUCAUGAUCCGUGGAACCUCAACCUGGACCCCUUAACGGACUGGUUCCGUCCCCUCCUAGGGCCCACUUUGGCUCCCUUUGCCGCGGAAAUGACCGGUGAGUUCGCUUCUCAGCUUACACGCUGCGCGCCCAAGCGGUUUGCCACUUGUGCCUCCUUGAACUCUAUCUUCCAGGUCCAGGACCUCAGCCAUUCCCUCACAGUACUUGCUGCUGAGGCUGGUCGCCUCUCCAGGAACAUCAUAAACCAUGGCUUCGCUCUGUCCGACUUUGGGGACAUGAACGACGUCAGGAAGGUCCUCCAAGACCUCACGGCGGAGAGGCGAGAUCUACCGGGAGGCUGCCGAGCGCCGGAAGCGACGGUAAAGGCAAAGAAAAGCUUGAUCAACCACGAGGUGAAAAUCUUCUCCAGCAAUUCUGCAAUGACUUAUGGUCAAAGGGCAGUUCUUAAAUUUUCUUUGUACACUGGUGCUCAAGCCAUUGCUCAGAUACGAGAAGACUAA